GUGUUCCUUUUUCCCCCGAAAUGUUUCCUUUUAUUUACCACAAACUAAUCAGAUUAUUGUUAUUACGUGUUCAAAUCAAUCGCAGAUCGAAAGAUUGUUCUAAAAUUUCGCACCUACAACUUUUAUGCCUUGAUUUUGAUGUGCCCUUGGUUCGUUUUAGGAUUUGGGUGGCUGUCAUCUAGGUCAAGAACUCUAAAUGGGAAACACAAAAAUGUAAAACGCAAGUAGGAUUCGAUUGUUCAAGAAGUGUAAAAUACACUUUCUUACUUUGAAAAUUAGGUGAUGUGACAUCAAAUGGCGACACAUUUAACUGAAAACAAAACCUUAACCAUUCUACAUUUCAACGAUGUAUACAAUAUCGAAUCGGUCGACAAAGAGCCUGUGGGUGGAGCCACUCGUUUUAGCACAGCACUCAAAUCGUUUUCUCACCUGAAUCCGCUGAUCUUAUUUAGCGGCGACGUAUUAGCCCCUUCGUUCAUGAGCACCUUCACCAAAGGCGAGCACAUGGUCCCGGUCCUGAACGCCUGCGGAAUCCACUGUGCAGUCUAUGGAAACCACGAUUUCGAUUUCGGCAUUGAGGUACUGAUGCAAAGGGCUCAAGCCACUACAUUUCCUUGGCUGAUGUCCAACGUGAUCGACAACAAGACACGACGCCCUCUAGCAGACGGAAAAAUAAGUCUAGUUAUUGACUGGCACGGGAUACGCGUUGGACUGAUUGGACUCGUCGAGAAAGAAUGGUUGCCUACUCUUGCGGAUGUUAAUCUUGAGCAUGUUACGUAUACCGAUUACAUCGAAUGCGGUCGAUUACUUGCGGGGAACCUGAAGGAUAUCCAGGGCUGCAAAAUUGUGAUCGCUCUAACCCAUAUGCGAAUACCGAAUGAUCUCAGGUUGGCAAAGGAAGUAGAUGAGAUCGAUUUGAUCCUCGGAGGACACGAUCAUGUUUCAAAGUUUAUUGAGGUUGAAAACCGAUGCAUCAUCAAGAGCGGAACAGAUUUUCGCCAAUUUUCUAAGAUCACGAUUCGCUUUUUGGGCGAGGAGGAAAAACCGUUAAUUAGCGUGAAACUAGUGGACGUUACAGCUGAAUAUGAAGAGGACGCUGACCUCAAAUUAGCUCUUGAUAGCUUUACAAGUGUGAUUGGAACGAAAAUGGAGGACGUAUUAGGAGAAUUUAGUGUUCCCCUUGACGGCCUUUGUUCUUCCUUACGCACCUCUGAAACAAAUUUAGGAAAUUUUAUCUGUGAUGUUAUGGUGGCUGCAACUGACUCAGAUUUGGCUCUGCUGAAUUCAGGAACUCUGCGUUCUGACAGAAUCCAUCCACCCGGUCCGUUCAAAAUACGCGAUUUAAGUCAAAUUCUUCCUAUGUUGGAUCCCCUCAUCGUAGUUGAAAUUUCUGGUGAAGAUUUACUCGCCGCGCUGGAGAACGGGGUUUGUAUGUAUCCAAAAUUGGAUGCCCGUUUUCUACAAGUUGGCGGGAUGAGUUUCGCAUUUGAUCCAAAAAAACUACCUUUUCAGCGUGUAGACUCACAAUUUGUCCGUAUAGGCAAUCGGUAUUUGGAUAUACAUUCUAAAUACCGGAUGGUUACUAAAGCAUACAUGAUGGCCGGAAAACAUGGUUUCGAUGUCUUGAAAAAGUUGAAGAUAUUGGUCAAUCAAGAAGACAAUAUGCCACUCACGACUGCAGUGCAAAAUCACCUCCAAAAGCUUCGUGCUAAAAAUAAGCGUCCUGGACACCAUGGACAAAAUCAAAUGCCUUUUACAAGCAGUUUGAAGCGCAUGAUAGACCACGAAUUGCAUCCGGAAUCAAAUUUUUGCGAUUCAGUCCAAGAGGAUGCGACUGCAGAAAUGGUGCACCUCACCACCAAGCAGGGAGCAACUAAAUUGCUGCGGCAAUCCAGUAUUGAAGAGAUAGAGAAAGUUUGUUGCCAACUGGAGCCGCGCAUUGAAGGUAGGAUUGUCAUUAUCAAUGAAGAGACAUUUCCCAAAUUACUGAGUGAACGUCAGUUAUGGGAGAUUUUGACUACUUAAAGCUAUUUAUUCUUUUUCUCUCUUUGAUAUUGGCCUUAACUAUCGUUUUUCUCUGACAUCAAGGACUAAGUUCUGUUUAAGCAAAUUAUCUGGCUGAUUUCUAAAGGUUUCAUUCCACAUGUAUACCCGAUUAAGCUGGGCAAUAUAAAAUGUAUUUGAUUACAUA